AAGCUUACAGUUGAGCUUUAAAGAGCAAUUGCCAUUGUAACUUGUGCUUUACGAAGCAAACACAAAUCUGACUUUUGGGUGAGGCGAAUCAGAGAAUAAAGAGCAAAUGGAAUUCCACGCCGCGAUAUCGGUGGUGAUGGUUUUUGCAAUGUCCUGCCUCAUGGACGCUCAAGUUCAAGAUCAGUCAUGCGGAGGACUUCAUGACGAAAUGAGUGGGACAAUUGAAUCGCCGGGUUAUCCUAAUAAUUAUCCUCCGGACCAACACUGCAAAUGGGACAUUCCUAAAAAAGAUAACUACUAUAUUCUUAUCACUACAGAUGAUUUUCUGUUAGACGAACCGUACGACGGCAAAUGCUUGGACUACUUAUCUAUCGAGAAAGAAGAGUUCUGUGAUAAACAAAACUUUACGAAAAAGUAUUACGAUGGUGCCACUUUAAUAUUUGAGUCAAAUACAGAUCGAGAAACAAGGGGAUUCAAGACUAUCUUCGAACAAGUACUCAUACCUAUCUGCAAUCCACCGUGUGAAAAUGGGGGAAGUUGCAUUUUAAACGAUACCUGUUCCUGUCCUGAGUUUUACGCUGGAUUCAGAUGCUCAUACAGUUAUGCAGAUCCAAAUUCAUUAAUACCAGCUAUGGAAUUUCAAACUUUUUUUCCCUCGUACAUCACAUGUGCACUCUACGGAAAUUCCAUCAUUCGAACUUUCGACGACCUACACUAUCAUUUCACAAGCUCUUGUCUGUACACAUUGAGUGAAUUUGGCGCUUUUAAGAUUACGGUUGAACUGAAAAAUAACACGAUCAGAAGCAGGAGUUCACUUAAGUCUAUAAAAAUUACUAAAGGGGGAGUUGACGUUCUUUACAUUACAAGAGAUGAAAGCCAAGAAAACAAAAUGGGGGUCAAGUCUACUGACGGAAGCUUUAUUCAAACUACCGGAUAUGUUGGCGUUUAUCAAGUGACUGUGACGUAUAGCAAAAUUCGUAUAAGACAAGAUGGAUUCAGCUUAGAAGUCGACAAAACAGGAGAAAGGACAUCCCUAAAACUAGAUCGUAAAUAUUCCGGAACAGCCAAAGGCUUAUGUGGAAACUUUGAUACCGUAGCUUCAAAUGAUAUGAAGACACCUUCUGGUAAUUUAGCUGAUAAAAAGCUACUAGAAAUGUUCCUAAAUUCAUGGGCACAAGACCAAACAUGUGAAGUGGAGAGCACAACAAUCGAUACCCUUCCGCCUUACGCAGAAGAAGUUUGCAAAGUCAUAAGGUCAGCACCAUUUGCGGAAUGUAAUCAAUUCAUUUAUUCAAUCUUCUAUUACGAAAUGUGCCAAUGGGACGUAACUGAAUGCGGUUUUACGGAUUCCAAUAAAGAUUGUCAAUGUUCUUCCUUAACACAGUAUGUUCAAGAUUGUAUUGAACUUGGCUCACUUAGUGAUCUCAAAUGGAGAAACAACUACUGCCAAAAAGAGUGCCCGUCAAAUCAAAUAUACAGUGAAUGCGUUUCGUUUUGUCCCAAAACUUGCAAACAUAUAAAAUCGCAUGCGAGUGAAUGCGAAGGUGGUUGUUCAGAUGGAUGUACCUGCCCGGACGGAUUAUAUCUCGACGGAGAAGAUUGCGUUAAACAGGAGGCAUGUUCUUGUUAUAUCGGAGAUCAAAAGUAUACCAACGGGAGCAUUUUACCAGAAUCGUGUAAAACUUGCACUUGUAAUGGUGGAGUAUUUGACUGUCAAGAGACAACGUGUGAUGAUUACGGAAUGGUAUAUGGGAAUCCAAAUUAUUACACGUUUGAUGGUUUGGUUUACCCAUACGAUGGCGUAUGUGAAUACGUGGUUGUUCAACUACCGGAUUCUCUACAAGUUGUACUCGACGUCGUUAAAUGUGGAAUGGAAUCAGAUUUCACAUGCAUUGAUCAUGCGACAAUCAUUUCCAUCUUAUUUCCGAGAGUAAAAUUGCUUAAAGAUGGCUCUGUUGAGAUAGAAGGCAGACCGGUAAAGCUACCGUAUCAAAAAUACGGCCUACUAGAAAUUCAACAGAUAACUUCAACAACAGUAGUUGUAAAAGUUGUGAAGUCGAAGAUUGAAAUCCGAUGGAGCAUCGGCCCCAUUCUUCUGAUCGAUUUGGAUAAUUCUUUACAGUCUAAACCUCGUGGCAUGCUGGGAAAUUACAAUUCUAAAACAAAUGACGAUUACACAAGCAGUAAUAAUAUAGUUGAAACACUCAACAGUUUUGCGGAGUCGUGGAGAACUGACCCGAUGUGCAACGAACAACCUCCUUCCGGAAAUGAAGAUUGUAUUCCAAUAAAUGAAGACAAGACAAGAUGUCACAAUGCAAUACAUAAAACAGAUGCAUUUGAACGCUGUUUGUCCACCAACUCAUUCGCAGAUGAAAUCUUUAAGCUCUGUCGCUCAUCUUUAUGCUCAACCACAUCUGAGACGCAAAAAGAAGAAAUGGUCUGUUCAUCACUAGCUGUCCUUGCAACAAUGUGUGCAAUGCAAGGUUUCAUUGUAGAUUGGAGGAGUGCAAAUCUUUGCCCCAUAUUAUGCCCAAAAGGCGAAAUAUAUGAGCCAUGGACAACAUCAUGUGGACGAACAUGUAUAGGACUCAGUGAUACUGAAACCUGCACCACUACACUUAAAGCGGAAGGAUGUGUCUGCCCUGAAGGAAAAUUUGAAGACACACAUGGAAAUUGCGUUGAAAUAAGUCAAUGUGGAUGCUAUUUCCAGGAGGCAUGGCGUCGACCCGAAGAAUACUUUGAUGUUGGCAAAGACUCGUGCGAAUGUAAAGAUGGCAAAGUUACCUGCACUGGACCAUCUAUGAACUGUACGGGAGACAUGGUAUAUUCACGUUGUGAGGGUGGGAAAUGCCAACCAACAUGUUCAAAAAAAUCAACAAAUUGUGAAGAAUGUGUACAAGGUUGUGUGUGCCCGAACGGAACGCUGUAUGAUCAAGGAAAAUGUAUAAACGAAGAAGACUGUCCCUGCCAUUUUAAAGGUGGGACAUAUCAAGAUGGGGAAGAUGUAAUAGAUGAUUGUGAUCAUUGUUUUUGUAAGAAAGGUAUGUGGGAUUGCAAAAGAACUACAAUGUGUUCAAGAACUUGUAGUGUAACCAGCGGAGCCUAUUAUAAAACAUUCGAUGAGAAGCGAUUCCAUUCAAAGGGAACAUGUACUUAUCAACUCAUGUCGGAUGAUUGUGGGAAUGCAACAGCAUCAAAGAACUUACAUUUCUUUGAUAUCAGGAUAAAAAGUUAUCUAUGUGAAGAUAGUGAACAUACAAUGUGUAACAUAUCAUUGCAUAUCAGAGUUGGGAAUCAAAUAUUCAUUUUGUCAAGAGAUCAGCCAAUGCAUGAACUGCCUGCUUCAAAAAUUUCAUCUGUGUAUGGAAAUCCAAAACUAAAAAAAUUGCGACUUGGAUUUCACCAAGUUUUAGAAUUCGAUUUCCCGGAGUACUAUAUUCAAAUCAGUUAUGACAAUAAAACAUCUGUUAAUAUCGAAGUAUCCAGAAACAUAACAGAUCAACGACCCCUGUGUGGUCUUUGUGGUAAUCUCGACGAUUCAGCCUCUAACGAUUUUGGUUUGACGGAUUCUGCCGGUUUCGUGAAUUCGCACAAAAUUGACCAAUCUUGCGCCGACAUUAUGCCGUCACAAAAGACAGCUUGUGAGGACAAUGAACAUGCUGAAAAGAAGGCAAAACAACAAUGCAACAUUAUGAAAAGUUCUCUCUUCAGCAAAUGCCACUCAAUUCUUGAUGUUCGAGAAUACUACGAGACGUGUGUUGAGCAAACCUGUUCAUGCACAGCUGACACAGAUUGCGACUGUUUUUGUAGUUCUGUGGCUGCCUACGCUAACGCUUGUGGACGUAAAGGAGCCAAGGCUAAUUGGAGACCUUUAACAAGUUGCCCUGUCGAAUGUGAGGAAUUUACUGAUCCUGACGGCGAUCUGUGCGAUGUAAAGUACGAUGUAUGUCACAAUUGCGUCAAAACAUGCUGCGUCAGUUGUACCAGAGGUUGUUUCGAGGGAUGCUUUCCCAAGUGCGAUGAAGACUUGGUAUUUGAUCCAAAAACUCGAAAUUGUGUAUCCGAGAACAGUUGCACCGAAUGCCAUUACAACAUAACAAAAAUAGUGACAGCCCCAGUUUCGACUACUAGUUUCACCAUGGCAUAUUCGACAGUAACAACUCCAAUGAUAUCGACACCUGGCUUUAUUUCCGUCACUACGCCGAUGGCGACAACAACUUCCCCAAUUUCUGAAGUAACGACGGCAGUGACGACAGCCUCAACAUGCGAGACAGUUUGCACAAUUAUGUUUGAUGAUACAACAUAUGUGUUGAAUGCCAAUGAAUCGAGGGAUCUCAGCUGUUUGAACUACAAAUGCAAGUUAAACGAAGACAAUUGUGCAUUCGUGACUAGUGUUUCAGGAACAUGUCCAGAUGUAACUUGCACGGAACAGGAAGAUGAGGUUACUGUGGAUUGCUGUACAGAAUGCCAAUGUGCAAGGUGCAUUGUUGGAGACAAGUCGUAUGAUGUGGGGACUUAUUGGAAGGAAGAUGAUGGGUGUACCGAAAUGCGUUGUAAUCCAAGUACCUGCGAACCUGAGAAAUAUUAUGACUACAGACAGGAUUGCAAAAAACCAUCAAAUUGUAGACUUUACGAAAGUAUAAAAACGAUGAAAACUGUUGGAGAGUGUUGUACUAAAUACAUUUGUGAAUGCAACUCGACUCUUUGUCCAACAAAGAAAUCGUGUUUCGCGGGUUCAAGAAUCAACCAGGGUUUGUCGAAUGACUGCUGUAGAGUCGAAGAAUGUCUGCCAACUUGCCGAUACAAUGGAAAAGAAUACGCGAAUGGUUCUCUGAUAAAUAUCCAAAAUUGUUAUGACGAGUACUGCGAAUGUAGUGAUGCUGCGUGCGAAAUAGUGCGACGGGACGAAAUUAAAUGUCCCCCAAGCGAACCGUGCACGAACAAUGAAGUAACUCAUUACCCUUCAAUUCUUGAUGAUUCCGGAUGCUGUAAAACUCAUCAAUGCAAAUGCGAGUGUACGGUAUAUGGUGACCCUCACUAUAUUUCAUUUGACGGAAAGAGGUAUUCAUUUCAAGGAAUGUGUCACUAUAUUCUUGUAAAAAGUCGAGAUACGGACGAUUUAGAGAUAAUCUCGGAUAAUCAAGAUUGCGUUCCCACUGUGCAAGACGUGAGUUGCGUGAAGUCAAUCAUAGUUAUAUGGAAAGGAACAAAGGUUGUACUUGCGGUUGGAAAUAUAAUGUAUCUCAAUGAUGAACGAGUGACAACUUUGCCGUUGGAUUCUGGUGGAAUAAGAGUCACAAGAUUGCCAGAUUUCUACCUUCGCCUGAAAAUUGAUGAAAUCAAUCUUGUCCUCGAUUUCAAGGGACAUAACAAACUAGGCUAUACUUUCAUCAAAAUACCAAUGGAUACAAAAUGGUUUAAUAAAACCGUUGGGUUGUGUGGUACGUGUUCUAAUACCAGGGACGAUGAUUUUGAAACAAAAAAUGGAACUAACACAACUGAUCUUGAAGAUUUCACUUCUAGUUGGCAAUAUAACGCAACAGACAAAGAGUGCUUGCCAUGUAAUCCUCCUGAUCACAAAGCAUGUUGGAAUUGUACCGAUCCAAGACACGAAAAUGACAUACCUGAUUACUGUAAAAAACCUUGUAACAACAGUUCAUGUGAAAUGUUGAAAUCAAAUAUCUUUGCAAAUUGCGCUAUACCAGUCGACAGUUAUUAUGAUUCUUGUAUGGAAGAUAAUAAAUUAACAAGAAAAUGUUCAGUUUGUGACUCAAAUGCAAUCGCAACAUAUGCAAAGAAAUGUAACUGUGUGAAGUGGCGUAAAGACUUCAAUUGCAGCACAGAAUGUCCAGAAGGCCAAGAAUUUGAAGAAUGUGUGCCUGAAUGCAAGCUCAUGCGAACCUGCUUAAAUAAAAAUUUACCUCUGUUACAAAGAGAAUGCGAUUCAACCUCAAAUGAAAGUGGCUGUGCCUGUCCCGACGGCACUGUUCUACAGGAUGAAAACAGCAAUAUAUGUGUGGAAGAAAGAUGUUGUGAUUGCCAAGACCCAGUAUGCAAAUCCUACGAAACACUUGUUUUAGAAAAAGGGGAGAAUCCCGACGACUGUUGCGCGAAGAAGAAAUGUGUGUGUACGCCAGUCAGCGACCCGCCUUGUGUUUUACCUAAAGUUCUAAUAUCGACUGAUGGUGGAACACCUGGAUGCUUUCGAAAUGAGUGCAGAUGCCCGGAUGACCCUCAGUGUGAUCAAGUAGAAAAUUCUUGCGAUCAAACUUCCGGUUGCACUGGAAAAAUGAUAUCUGGAUUAUGCGGAUGUACUGAAAGAUACGAUUGUGUGUGUGAUGAAACAAAGUGUCCUCAAAACUUCGAUUCUUGUCCAAAAUGUUUUACUGAAACAAUGCAAAAACCUAAAAUCGAUCCGGAUCAAUAUUGCAAUGGGUCUUGUUGCGAUGAACAAAUUUGUAGGAAGAUUCCGUGUGAUCCUAUACAGAGUACGAUGCCCGAUUAUCCAACAGAUUCUUGCCCUUUUAUACAGAGAAUUACUACAGGAUUUUCUGAGACAGAUUUGGAGGAAUGUUGUGGUACUGCAUACGAUGUUGAAUGUUUAUCAGAUAAGUGCAUUGAUGAAUUCGCAGAAGAAAGUUGCCAAGCUGGAUAUAAAUUAGUGACCGCUUCAGCGAUUAAUUCACCAAUUUCGACCAUUCGCGAUUACGCCAACUGCCCUAAAGUUGACGAAUGCUGUCCGCACAAAAUUUGCGUUUGCGAUUCAUGCAUGUUGUCCGAUGGAAGCCGCUUGGCCAUUGGAGAUGAAAAAUAUUCUUUCAACGGAUGCGAAUUAUAUACAUGUACCAACACUAAACUAGAAAAUGGAUGUUACAAGUAUACUACACAGACACCGGAUGCUCCAUCAUUUCCCAAAUGCAAAUGUUAUCAAACUAUGCGCACAAUAUCUCCACGUGAGGGACGACCAAUAGAUAAGAGUCAGUGGGGAGAAUAUUGCGUACCAUCUUACACAUGUCAAAACAAUUCCUGUAGCGAUAACUACUCUCCUGGAAAUGAUGAUUGCAGUUAUCCUGCAGAAGUACAAACCAAUUAUGAGACGGAUGAUACGAAUAAUUGCGAGAACGAAGAUUGUCCCGUAUCAAAAUGUGUUUGUUCAAAAUGUUUUGAUGGAGAUCUUGGAGAAUCUGACAUUGGUAUUACUGUUGAAGGCAAUGAUCAUUGUGAAAACUACACCUGCGUUGCUGUUGAUGGUGAACUUUGUCCAAAAUAUAAAGUUAAUCGAGUUCCAUGUCCUAAAAAAGAUUGCAAUGAGGAAUUUGAGAAUAAAACAACAACUCCAAUUCCUGGGGAAUGUUGUGACAAAGAAACCUGUCAGUGCAAGCCAUAUGAAAAGUUAGAAGACGUUUGUAGCAAUUGGAAAAUAAAUACAGUUUCAUGUCAAGAUCCGAAGUACAUGGUAUUAGAGGACGAACAGGACAAGUUUCAAACGCACCGAUGCUGUCCUGAGAAGAAGUGUGUAUGCAAAAGCGAUGAGAUUUUGAAAGACGAAUGUCCAAAAUGGAAUGAUUAUCCAUGCGAAUCUCCUUAUCAGAAGAGAAGACUCCAGACAGCCAUCACAGAGUCAAAUUGCUGCCCAGAUUAUGAAUGUACCUGCGACUGUUCAAAUGUAACAUGUAAAUACGACAGCUGGGUAGCUGAGGCUUCAACUGAUCAAUGCGACUGCCAAUGCAAAUGUAAACCAGAAAAAUGUACCGAAAAUAUUAAGAGUUGUGGAAUUUAUGAAAAACGUAUUGAAAAUGGAACGAAAGAUGAUGGUUGCUGUAAAGAGUAUGAAUGUGUUUGUGUCAAAGAAAGCUGCCCAGCUCUUCCAUCGGCAGAUUGUAAUCAAUAUCAAAUUGAGUAUGAUUGGUACGAAAAUCCCGGAGUUGAUUGUUGCGCAAAAGAAAAAAGAUGCAGAUGUAACUCUAACUCUACAUUAUUACAUGAAUUGUGCAAUGCCACAAAACCAGACAAAUGUGGGGCCGGUUACACACCAUAUGUGGAAAAUGUAAAGACAUCGCAAACACAAGGAAUGUGCUGCGAUAUACAGUGCAAAUGCUCCAGCUGCUUUACUGAGAAGAAUGAAACUAAAUUGGUUGGUUCUACAUGGGAAACAAAAGAAAAUUGCUUAAUAAAGAACCAUAGAUGUUCAGAAGUGCUGUUGACAAACGGUUGUCAUAAAAUAAUAACAGAGGUGAAAAAUGUAUCUUGUGAUUUUAUAUCCGCCAGUAGUUACGAGAAUGAAAAGUGUAACGCAAGCUCAUAUGCUGUUGAAACAUUACCCAGAGAAGGAUGUUGUGCUAAUUUCAAUUGUGAAUCUUGCUCCUCGAAAAAUUGGACUUGUCACUCUCCAUUGGAAUUUCUGUCUAAAAACGAUACAAUAGAACGAUGUCCCGGAGAAUGUAGAUGCUCGGAUCCCUUGAGUGAAAUUCAAAUUCGGAUUUGUCUAUUGAGCGCUUCUUGUCCAAAUUAUUACACACCUGUUUUGCUUGAUAAAGAUCAAACAGGGGGAAAAUCACACCCAAACAAGUGUUGUCCCGACUUUAAAUGCAUCUGCUCACCUUGUUCUGAGAAUAACAAUAUUCUUCACACUCCUGCACUAUGUGAAACUGUUGGAGUAAGGGAAAGUGACGUGGAUAAACCUUGCUGUAAAAAUUAUGAAAAGCAAUGCAUCAAAUCAUGCAGUUGCCCAACAUCAGAGUCAAAUUGUCAAACAACGCUAGGCUGCACUGACAAAGAAAUCUCCAAAUCAUUUUGUGGGUGUGUUACUUCAACAACAUGUGAAUGUAAACCUGAACUAUGUCCAAUAAAAUCUUGCGGACCUUGUGAAAAAUUGAUAAAUGCAUCUCGACCUAUGAAUGAAACAGCUGCCUGUAAUGGAAAUUGUUGUCCAAUACAAUCUUGUAAAAGAGUGGAGUGCCCAGAAGUACCUGAAAUUGUGAUACCGGACUAUUGCACUUUCGCUUCAAAGGUUUAUACAUAUCCACCGGAUGAGAUUUGCUGUCAUAAUGGAGAAGAUGUGAAGUGCAAUAACACUUUAUGUCCUGACAUUUUGAAAAACCCAGAUAGUUGUCAAGAUGGAUACUCAUUGGCUUCUCUUCCAGUUGCAAAUUCAACUAACGCAAGGGUCAAUGCUUUCAAAGAUUGUCCCAACGUGGACCAGUGUUGUGAACACAAAGCAUGUGAAUGUACAUCUUGUGUAUAUGAUGACAAGCGUCUCGAUAUAGGAGCACCAGGAGUCUACUCAGAAGAUGGUUGUACCUUUUAUACUUGUACUGGAGAUAUCAAACUUCCAGAUGGUUGCUAUGAAAUAUCUGAACAAAAGCCAUCUUGCUCAUCUAAACAAUCCUGUGAUUGUUAUCAAACACUGGUAACAACCGAUCCAGAAGGAGGAGCAAGUGAUAAAAGUCAGUGGAUGGAUUAUUGUUGUCCAACUCACACAUGUCAAAACAAUUCCUGUAGCGAUAACUACUCUUCUGGAAAUGAUGAUUGCAGUUAUCCCGCAGAAGUACAAACCACUUAUGAGAGGGAUGAUACAAACAGUUGUGAAAACAAAGAUUGUCCCAUAUCAAAAUGUGUUUGUUCAAAAUGUUUUGAUGGAGAUCUUGGAGAAUCUGACAUUGGUACUACUGUUCAAGGCAAUGAUCAUUGUGAAAACUUCACCUGCGUUACUGUUGUAGGUAAACUUUGUCCUGAAUAUAUAGUUAAUCGAGAUCUAUGUCCUACAAAAGAUUGCGAUGAAGAAUUCGAGAAUAAAACAACAACUUUGAUUCCUGGGAAAUGCUGUGAUGCAGAAACUUGUGCAUGCAAGCCCUUCGAAGAACUUAAAAACAUAUGUGAUGGAUGGAAAAGUGACACAUCACAUUGUUCCGACCCAACACACAUGGAAUUGGUUCAAUCAGGUUCUACUCUGCAACAUCGAUGCUGUCCUGAAAUGGCUUGUCAUUGCAAAGAUAAGGAAACAAUAAAAUGCGACAAAGACGAAAAUUACAAAUGCCCAGCAAAUUAUACUAAAGUAAAAACAGCAGAGGUUACAUCCACAAAUUGUUGCCCUGACUUCAAUUGUACAUGUGAUUGCUCCGGUGUGAAGUGCGAAUGGGAGACGUGGAGUGCAAAGUCAAGUGAAAAUGUUUGUGACUGCAAGUGUAGCUGUGACCCCAUAAAAUGCGGGCCAGUGUUAACAUGUUCACAAUUCAAAGUUCCCACAAUUAAAAGUUGGACAGAUGGUAUCUGCUGUCCAGUGUAUGAAUGUGUGUGUAAUAAAACAUGCAACGAAAGCAACUUGGAUUGCAACAUCUAUCAGGAUGUGAAAAAGGCAUAUACUGAUACAGAGGAAUGUUGUCCAGAAGAAAAAUGUGAAUGUUCACAAAAUAAGACAUAUCAAGAAUCUUGUGUGGAAUCAUGUCCCGAAGGAUACGCAAUGUCAUAUAAAGACCCAGACACCAAAUGUUGUGGAGAAUGUAUAUGUACACACUGUAAAACGCCAUCAGGAAUGAUGAAGGUUGGUACAUCUUGGAAUGCAACCGAUGAGUUCUGUAAUGUUACAAAGGUUUGUUCCGAAGUAAAGGGCACAGAUGGUUGUCAUACUGUAAAAACAAUAUAUACGGAAAAAUCUACAUGCCCAACAAAAGAUUGCGGGCCAUUGCAGACAGCUAAACAACUCCCAUCACUUUACCAAUGCUGUCCCGAAUAUAGAUGUGAAUGCAUCGUUAAUGAUACCGUUUUGAGAAAAGAAUGCAAAAAUUAUGAUGGUAUUGAAUGUCCACCUAACAAAGAAUCAACCUUUAUUGGCAUUAUUGACUGCUGUCCUUAUUAUGAAUGUAGGUGCAAAGCAUGCAAAUACUCAUGUGACCCGGGUUUUAUUGCGGAGAUAAAUAAAACUAUAGAUACCCAAUAUUGCUGCUUUGACUACAGAUGUAUAUGUGACUCAUGUACAUCAAAAGAUGGAUCUGUUAUAAAAGUUGGACAGGUAUUGCCUACAACAAUUGUUUCUGGAUGUGUUGUCAAGGAAUUUUGCGUGAGAUCAGACGAUAUAUGUACAUUAGGUAUAGAUGACCCAUCAACCAAGUGUCAAACCGAAGAAAACUUCCAAUCACAAACUUGUAAAACCCCUUACCAACAUGCUAUAGCCACUAGUUCCUUUAUGGAAAAUAAUCUUUGCUGUGAGGAAUUUUCAUGUGAAUGCAAUGAUACUACUAUCAAUUGCCCUCAUUCCUCAGCCAAUUGUUUUCCUAGCGAGAGGACGGAAGAAAAAGGUGUGAUUCCCAAUACUGGAGAUUGCUGUAAGGAUUAUACGUGUGUUUGUCGAAAUGAUACUGAAUUGGAAAGUAUAUGUGAAAUGUCAAAAAAUUUUGAAUGUAAAGAAGAUGGCUUCGUUAAACAUAGGUUGGGAAGUUCAGAUCCAUGCUGCCUGAAUUUUACCUGUACAUGUGAUUCUACCAAAUGCUCGGAUUACGGAUUUACUUGCGAUGAUGAAUUGUAUGAAAGAUAUGAAGUACCGGGAGGUACAACAUGCUGUCCAAAAUAUGGAUGCAGAUGUGUCAACUGUAGAUCCGGCGAUGAUGUUAUAAGAAAGACAAAUCAGACUUGGACAAAUGAAUGCAAUGUAUACACAUGUACUGAAGGAGAAGGUCAAUGUCCCACCAUCACUAAUCGUCCUAGAUUUGACUGUGAACCAGUGGAUGUCGCCGAUUGCGAAGGACGUGGUGGAGUUGUCAGAGGAUUAGAUCAAUAUGACGGAUGCUGUAAGGAAUGUACGCUGUGUAAACGUGUUGAGAGAAAACAAAACUUGACAGCCACAACAAUCGGCGGAUUAAACUGUUGGUCUAUUGAAGAUAUAGAUAUUGGAGCUUGUGAGGGGGCUUGCCCUAACACUGUAACUGUUAAUUACAAAACGGGAACAUCUGAUGCUAUGUGCACUUGUUGCGAGCCGACUAUCGAAGAAUCGGUGGUGUUAAUGACCUGUGAUGAUGGCUCUCAAAAAAUGAAAGCAAUCAACAAAGUCGGAUCUUGCAAAUGUACAAGUGACAUCGGCCCAUAAUAUUAUAAGAUCGAAAAGAUGAUAAACGUUUGCUCUGUAUUAUCUGAUCAUAUUCUUUGUAUAAUUUGUGCUUUAAAGUGCUUUGUAGAUGUAGAAUUUUCCAUUGAUUAGUAUAUGUGCUUCAUUAUUAACCCAUUAACUGAUCGCGUUACUGUAAUGUACAUUAUAUUAA